AUGGGCCUGCCUUCGGCCGUGAUUGCUGAGACGGGUGAUUCAUGGUUUAAUCGCCAUAAGCUUAAGCUGCCUGAAGGAUGUGGGUACAAGAUCCAAAUGCAAUACGGUUUCAUUGGGUGGUCUGUUGGGGCAACACUCGGUUACGCACAGUCCGUGCCAGAAAAACGGGUGAUUGCUUGCUUUAGUGAUGGAAGCUUCCAGGUGACCGCACAAGAUGUGUCAACUGUCCACAAUGAUGGAGGCAACUGUUGGACUGCGAAGGUUCGUACAGUAGGGGAGCUCACAGAGUCGAUUGCAACUGCCACAGGGGAGAAGAAGGAUUGCUUCGUACUUCAUAGAAGUGAUUGUUCACGAGGAUGA